CUGAGGACUGGGAACAGAACCCUCUGAAUCAGCAGCCAAGAAGAAAUAAAGAUGUGGAGGAAGACAAAGGAGGCUGAGCCAACUGCCGUUGGGCAGGCGGGUAAGUGGGGAAGUCAGUCAAAGGUUUGUAUUCCAGCUGCCUCCACCUGUCUUUUUCCUUUAUUCCAGAGAUGAUUCUCAUCAARAUUCUAUUGAGACACAGUGCACAAACUCUUUGCCAAAAAAAUCCAAAGUCACACACUAAAACCUACAAGAAAGGAGAGCAUGUGAUAAGGAAUGGAAUGAGAACAUCAGUGCCGUGCAAUCAUCUUUGAUGAUGUUGAAGCAAAGCAUCUGAAUAUUACUGUUCAGAUACAUUUAAUGUCUGAGCAGGUCAAACUGUGUUUGGUGUUCUUGUCAACACUUAAAGCAGCCAUACAUUUUUUUUACAUUGAGGAGAAGGCUGCUACCUUGUUGUCACACUCCUUAUUCUUAAGAACAAAAUCAAAAGGACAACAGUUGAAGGAAAUAUCUGAUGGCAGAAGACAAGCUCAAAAUAAGUUAUUCUGUGUAAACUGAAUAACUGAAUGCUGGGGAAACCUCUUCCUGAAGAAACCCAAUCCAACACAACACAUUUGCAGCAGAUGGUUACUGCAACACAAACAUAUACAUUCUUGCUUGAUAAAAGAAAAACUAGGGAUUUAAAAAAAAAAAAGAAUUUCCCCGCAAAUGUUUUUUUUUCCUAAGUCUUUCCGAAAUUUCUCUCAAGCACCGUGCAAGAGUCAUCCUGAGGUGUCUGCUGUGAGAAAAUGCAUAAGCAAGCUUUGAGUUGAGUCUCAACAGUUGCCAUCACGUCUUUUUUCAAGCUACAGCACAGAGCUAACACGCCGUUAUAUUUUGUCUUUCGCUAACGUUGUCGUCAUGUUUUGUCUUUUAAAGCAUUUGGUCUGCGAAUGUCUGCAUUUGUCCACCCCGCUCAGGGGUCUUUUGUGUUUAUCAUGUGUCCAUAAUCCUGUCAAAGUUCCAAUCUACCAUGGUGCUUUUGUCAGGAUUAAUAUUUCUCUGUCCUGUGCCCUCUCCUGAUGUCAUGUUACGUGUUAAACCGGCGGUUCUGAGGGAGUUCACCCCAACGACAAAGGCAUCAGGAAGAAAUCGAAAGUGCCUGGUGUUAUGAUAACGCAGUUUAUGGAGGAACUUCCAGAAGGAAAGACRACUCCAGAUUUUACCAGAAAACCCAUCGCUGUAACUAUUCAGGAGGGUAAAUUUGCAGUCUUUAAAGCCAUUGUGGCGGGCGAUCCCACACCCACCGUGACGUGGAGCAGAGCGAACGGAGAAAUGAUUUUUCACCCUGAUGUGUGCAUGCAAAAAUAUAAUGAAGCAAGUUGUGAACACACCCUUGAAUUCCCUAAAGUGGCUCCAGAAGACGCAGACACCUACAAGUGUUACGCARCAAAUGAAUAUGGGAGAGCAGUUUGCACUGUUGUCCUGAACGUUAUUGAGAUGGGAUUCUCCAAGACAAAAGAACUUCAAAAAUCACAAGUGGAAGAUCCAACAGACCUGAGAAAAAAUCUUAAAAAACGUAAUCCAGAUGGAACACGUGAGCAGAAGCCAAUGGAAUCAGAUGAAAAAGUCUGGGAAAUCCUGCUCAGUGCAGACAAGAAAGAUUAUGAGAGGAUCUGCGCUGAGUAUGGUAUCACAGACUUCCGCAGGAUGCUGAAGAAACUUACUGAAAUGAAAAAAGAGCGAGAAGAGGAGAUUGCACAGUUUAUCACGCAUAUUAGGACAUUAAAACCCAUCGAGGUCAAAGAUGAUGACUGUGCAACAAUUGAGUUGGACAUGGAUCUUUUGGAUUCUGGCAGCAAAAUUUACUUGUACAAGGAUGGUGUCAUGGUUCCAUUCACCAAAGAAGAGGGUGAAGGAAUGAGGCAUAGUUUAAAACAAGUCGGCAAAAAAUACAUCUUCACAAUUAAAAACUUAAGUAAAAAAGAUGCUGGGCUUUAUUCAGUGGAUGUUGAGGGAGUCAAUGUKUUCUCCACAGAUUUUAAAGUGACUGAAGUUGACUUCGCUGUCAAAAUAAAAGAGGUCAAAGCAGAAGAAAGAGAGGAUGCCCUCUUUCAAUGUGUCCUAACUGCACCAAUAGAUGAGAUUAAAUGGUAUGGCAAAAAAUCUCUAUUGUCCAAUAGUGAGAAACAUGAGAUAACUGUAUCAGAAGAUAAGCUCAUCCACAAGCUGAUGGUGAAAGACUGUAUGCCUUUGGAUGCUGGGAUCUAUGCUGCUGUGGCAGGAAUCAAAUCUUGCAAUGCCUGGCUUAUUGUUGAAGCUGACAAAAAUCCCGCCAAAAAGGCCAAAAGGGGAGAACGCAAAACCACCAUUGCUGGUGCAGGCAAUGACGAAGAGCUGUUAAGAAUAGCCAAAGAACAGCAGGCAAGAUAUCAAAAAGAAAUGGAGGAAAAAAUGGAACUUGCAAAAAAAGCCCAAGCAGAAAAGGAAGCUGCAGAAGCAGCGGCCCGAGCUGAGAAAGAUGCAGCUAAAAAGGCAAAGGCUGAAGCCAAAGCGGCAGCAAAGGAGGCAGCAAGAGCUGCUGCAAAGGCAAAAAGGGCUGCAGCUGGAAAAGAUGGAGCUGUAAGAAAAACUAGGAAAAAAGUAGCUAAUGCUGAUGGUGCUGGUGACGGGGUGGGAACUUCUGCUGUUGGCGGGGUGGGAACUUCUGCUGACGGAGCUAGAGGAGCUGGAACUGCUGGAGCGGGCACAGGUGGUGCUACAGUUACUGGUGCAGCUGGUGUUGGAGGUAGUGUAGCUCUUGGUGCAGGUGGCGCUGCUGGUUCAGGUGGGACUAUUGGUACCGGUGGGGGUGCUGUUGCUGAUGCAAGUGGAGCUGCUGGUGCACGUGGUACUGGUGGUGCCAAUGGUGCUGCUAGCACUAUUGGUGUUGGUGGUGUGUAUGGCGCAGCUGGAGUUGCCAUUGGUGUGGCUGGUGCCAGUGGAGCUGCUGGUGCUGGUCAUGCCGGUGGAACUGGUGCCGGUGGAGUUGUAGGUGGCACUACUGGUGUAGGUAAUGCUGCAACCAGAUUAAAUGGUGGCACAAAUGGAGUUACAGAUGGAGGUGAUGAGGAUGAAGAAUUGGAGGAGUUUUCAGAGGAAGAAGAGGAGGAUUUAUUUGACUAUUCUGAUGAGGACACUGAGGGGGAGGGAGAGAAGGAGAAUGUGGAGGGAAGGAAAGGAGGUAUGAGAGGAGAAAGAAUGGAUGACAAUGGAGGAGAUGAAGGAGAAGGAGGAGGAGGGACAGGAGAGAAACGCAAGAAACAAAUAAGAGCUGGUCCAUUGGUUCCUGACACAGUUAUAGAGCCUGGAGUUCACUUUCAAGCUGGCCUUUCUGAUUGCAAGGCCAUUAUUGGAGAAACAGCAGAGCUGGAGUGUAAAGUUAGCAGUGAAGAAUGUGCCGGAAUCUGGUACAAAGAUGGAGCCGAAAUUAAAUCAUCUGAUAAUCUAACCAUUUCAAAAGAGGGAUGCUUCCACAGGCUGAAAAUUCUUAAAGUUUCUGAGGAAAAUGCUGGAAAAUAUAAAUUUGAAGCAGAUGGGCGAAAGACAGAGGGCGAAAUAAUUGUUGAGGAUCCACCCAGAUUCAAUGCUGAAGACCUAGAAGCAUUUAAAACUCCUGUAACUGUGAAAAAGGGACACAAGGCUACUUUCAACUUGUCCUUCAUUGGACGGGAACCUAUAAAAGUUCAGUGGUACCGUGGGGGUGAAGAACUUUCAGAAGAAGGCAAUAUCAAGAUUGAGACCUCCGAGGGAAAUAGUCGCCUGCUUCUGUUGAAGCUGCAGCGUAAAGACAGCGGUGAAAUUAAAAUCAAACUCAAAAAUGAGUUUGGGACUGUUGAGGCCAUCAGCCAGCUUAAUGUGCUGGAUAAGCCUACACCUCCAUUGGGACCUCUUGAGAUUGUUGAAGCCGGCGCCUCUUCAAUUGAAUUCAAGUGGAGACCUCCGAAAGACAGUGGUGGCUGCCAGAUCCAAAACUAUAUACUUGAACGACAACAAAUUGGGCGGAACACCUGGAAGAAGGUGGGACCAAUUGGUCCAAACGCCAGUUACAAAGACAGUGACGUGGAUCAUGGCAGAAGAUACUGCUAUCGCAUCAGAGUGGAGACUGAAAUGGGUAUCAGUGAGUUGAUGGAAACAGAGGAUAUUCAAGCAGGAACAAAAGCAUACCCUGGACCUCCAUCGGCACCAAAGGUUGUCAGUGCAUUCAAGGACUGCAUCACCCUUACAUGGUCUCCACCUGCUGAUACCGGAGGAACCAGUAUUCUGGGAUACAACCUUGAGAAACGCAAGAAAGGCAGCAACCUCUGGGGCUUAGUCAACCCACCAAAUGAUAUGAUCAAAAGUAAAGGAUCUGCAGUUAAAGAUGUGGUUGAAGGCAUGGAGUAUGAGUUCCGUGUGUGUGCAAUCAACAACUCCGGAUCCGGUGAAUUUAGUACACCAUCUGAGUUUGUGUUUGCCAGAGACCCUAAAAAGCCUCCUGGUAAAGUCCUUGACUUGAAAGUGACAGACUCCUCCUACACAACCCUGUCCCUGUCUUGGAACAAACCCAAGGACGUUAAGGAGGUGGAGGACGAAGCAAAGGGAUACUUUGUGGAGAUCAGACCUGCAGAAAACACAGACUGGGAUCGAUGCAAUUCUAAUGCAAUAUCUAUGACCACAUAUACAGUAAAGGGCAUGAAGUCAAUGGCCAUGUACUGGGUGAGAGUCAUUGCCACUAAUGAUGGAGGAGAGGGACCGCCUCAGGAGCUAGACAAUUACAUUCUCGCCAUGCCCCCUCCUGUAAGGCCACGAUUCACGGAUGCUAAAAUCAAGAGUUUUAUGAUUGUGGGAGCGGGAAAUUCAGCACGAUUCAACAUUAACUUUGAGGCUUCACCUUGGCCAGAUGUAAUCUGGCUGAAAGAUGGGGUGCCUGUGUCUAAAAAAGUGACCAUCAGCAAUGCCGAGGGUACAUCUCAGCUUCUGAUUCCUUCGACCGAGCGUUCAGACACUGGAAUUUACACCAUCAUUGUCAAGAAUAUUGUGGGCCAAGAAAUGGUCAGCGUUGAAAUUCGAGUCACAGAYGAGCCAAAGCCACCAGGUCCCGUGGAGCUUGAUGAAAAUGUGCCUGGCACCGUGACYAUUUCAUGGACCCAGUCUCCUGAUGAGAAACGAGAUGACAGGUUACACUACAUGGUGACAAAGCGUGAUUCAGUCAAAAGAUCCUGGCACACUAUAGGAGAUCGAAUCUUCAACAACAGAUUCACGGCCAGCAACAUCAUGCCAGGGCGAGAGUACCAGUUCAGAGUUUAUGCAAAGAAYGACAUGGGCUCCUCCAAGCCUUCGGAAUCACAAAAGUGGCUGAUUCCUGCCAAAAAAGAAAAAUUCACUCUGAGAAUGCCCAAGACAAAGGUCUGCGAUCUACAGAGUCCUCCCAAAUUCUUUGUCCCUCUGAAAACGCACACCGCUCCCCAAGGAUAUGAAUGCUACAUGAGUUGUGCCGUAAAAGGAGACCCAACCCCUCACGUAACAUGGCUCCGCAACAACAUCAGCCUAAAUACCAACACUAACUACCUAAUCUCCAACACCUGCGGAGUCUGUUCUCUGCUCAUUUUGACGGUCGGAACUAAAGAUACCGGGGAAUACAAGGUUGUUGCAGAAAACCACUUGGGGAGGGCAGAGAGUUCGACUAAACUCACAGUCAGAGAGUACAUAUAAGAUGGCACGAACCAGGACGUUGGGAAUUCACAAACCAUGUUUUUAAGAGCUGAGCAAAGCUGAGCAAAUCCCAACAUCUGCAGACUGCAAUAUUAAUAAGACUGGUUCAAACUUCUAUUAUUAAAUGUUUGUUUUACAGUCCCAGCCAUCUGGGCAGUCUGAGCUACAAAAAACCUUGGGCUURCAUUAUUCACAUUAAAAGCUACUCGCUUUGCUCAACCUUAUUUUUGAUUUUAUUGUGCCAAUUCACGCAACGGAAUUUGUUUUAUUGUUGGAAUGGUGCAAACAUCUGCUUUUGUGUCUGAGUUGUGCUUUAGAUGGAAGAUUAUUUUAAAUGCACAAUAAAUAUCUAGUUACAAUAUUAUUUUGUAUGUUUUUGCUAAAUCAGUUUUGUUUUUGGUGCUCCUGUAUUUAGUCUUUAGUCUUGUUUGGUUGUGGAGCUGAUUAGUGCUGAGGUCAUAUUUAACAUAACUGGUUUUCCAAAUUCUGUUCUUUGCAUGGAAGGUAUUUUGAAUUUUUAAAAAUGUGAUUGAUUUAAAUCACUGAUGGCUUUCUGUGUUUUCCAAAUUACCCUUCUUAAUUCACAACCAGAUAUGUGAUUUUCACAAUUUAACAAUAAUUUAAAUCAGAAGGGAUUUUAAUUAGAAACCAAAAAGACACAAAAUAUUUUCAGCAUGGUACAUCAAUGUACAUUUUUGUGUGUUACAGGUAAAUAAAUGCUUAAACUGCUGUUUGAUGUUAUUUUUUUCAGCCACUCUACAAACUGAUCAUUUUGUCACUUGAUUAAACAACUCUAAGUUUUAUUUUUAAUUGCUUCUUAAACAAAUGUAUAUAAGAAGUCUGAAGCAAGUCUUGACUCAGCAAGCCUCAAAAUUCACUUGUCAAGGCUCGUGAAAUGUAAUGCUAGUGAUUUAUGCUCAUGCUUCUUAUGUUACUAAUCUGAGCAUGUAUCUGAGGCUCCAAGAUUAUUCCAUGUGUAAUGUUACAAAGAAAUAAAAAAAGGAACACCUUGAACAAAAAUGUGACUGACAA